CGCUCGGGCUGGGGGUGGGUGGAGGACUGAGCAGCCAGGCGCGAGCGAAAACAAACAGCUGGGGCUGCGAGCGCCCCCACCCCGACCCCGAGAGCAAGCCGGCCCGGGGCCCCCACUCGGGGCGCCCGCCCGCCCACCAUGAGGAAAAUCCGCGCCAAUGCCAUCGCCAUCCUGACCGUAGCCUGGAUCCUGGGCACUUUCUACUACUUAUGGCAGGACAACCGAGCCCACGCAGCAUCCUCCGGCGGCCGGGUCUCUCAGAGGGCCGGCGGGAGGCCAGAGCAGCUCCGCGAGGACCGCACCAUCCCGCUCAUUGUGACAGGAACGCCCUCCAGAGGCUUUGACGAGAAGGCAUACCUGGCAGCCAAGCAGCUGAAGGCCGGAGAGGACCCUUACAGGCAGCAUGCCUUCAACCAGCUAGAGAGUGACAAGCUGAGCCCUGACCGGCCCAUCCGGGACACCCGCCAUUACAGUUGCCCCUCUGUGUCUUACUCCGCGGACCUGCCGGCCACCAGCGUCAUCAUCACCUUCCACAAUGAGGCCCGCUCCACCCUCCUGCGCACAGUGAAGAGUGUCCUGAACCGAACUCCAGCCAGCCUGAUCCAGGAGAUCAUUUUAGUGGAUGACUUCAGUUCAGAUCCUGAAGACUGUCUGCUCCUGACCAGGAUCCCCAAGGUCAAGUGCCUGCGCAAUGAUCGGCGGGAAGGGCUAAUCCGGUCCCGAGUUCGUGGGGCUGAUGUGGCCACAGCUGCUGUCCUCACCUUUCUGGACAGCCACUGCGAGGUGAACACCGAGUGGCUGCAGCCUAUGCUACAACGGGUAAAGGAGGACCACACCCGCGUGGUGAGCCCCAUCAUCGAUGUCAUCAGUCUGGAUAAUUUUGCCUACCUUGCUGCAUCUGCUGAUCUUCGCGGAGGAUUUGACUGGAGCCUGCAUUUCAAGUGGGAGCAGAUCCCUCUUGAGCAGAAGAUUGCCCGGACGGACCCCACCAAGCCCAUAAGAACGCCCGUCAUAGCUGGAGGAAUCUUCGUGAUCGACAAGUCCUGGUUUAACCACCUGGGAAAGUAUGAUGCCCAGAUGGACAUCUGGGGGGGAGAGAAUUUUGAGCUCUCCUUCAGGGUGUGGAUGUGCGGUGGGAGCUUGGAGAUCGUGCCCUGCAGCCGGGUGGGCCACGUCUUCAGGAAACGGCACCCCUACAACUUCCCUGAGGGCAAUGCCCUCACCUAUAUCAGGAAUACCAAGCGCACUGCAGAGGUGUGGAUGGAUGAAUACAAGCAGUACUACUACGAGGCCCGGCCCUCGGCCAUUGGAAAGGCCUUCGGCAGUGUAGCCACACGGAUCGAGCAGAGGAAGAAGAUGAACUGUAAGUCCUUCCGCUGGUACCUGGAUAACGUCUACCCAGAGCUCACAGUCCCCGUGAAGGACGUGCUCCCUGGCAUCAUUAAGCAGGGGGUUAAUUGCUUAGAAUCCCAGGGCCAAGACACAGCUGGAAACUUCCUGCUUGGGAUGGGGAUCUGCAGAGGGUCUGCCAAGAACCCCCCAGCACCACAGGCGUGGCUGUUCAGUGACCAUCUCAUCCAGCAGCAGGGGAUGUGCCUGACUGCCACUUCCACCUCUGUCAGCCCUGGGUCCCUGGUCAUUCUGCAGGCGUGCAACCCAAGAGAAGGCAGGCAGAGAUGGAGGAGAAAAGCUUCUUUCAUCCAGCACUCCGUCAGCGGCCUCUGCCUGGAGGCCAAGCCUGCCCAGCUGGUGACCAGCAAGUGCCAGGCCGAUGCCCCGGCCCAGCAGUGGCAGCUGUUGCCACACACAUGACGGCCCGGGGCCUCCUGUACCUUUUGCAUGAGACUUUGGGACUGGAAGCGGGUUAGGGAGGGGGAGUGUAAAGCAGCCCGUUCCCAUCUCCUUGCAUUUCUGCUGGAAUCAUCCGCCAACACCCCCCGCCACGACACACGUUUCUCCAAAGCUUGUUCUGGGUAGGCUGCGGGGGAACAGGCCCCCAAGCCCCGGGGCUGCCGUCCAGGCCUCGCCCCGGCCUCGCCCCGGGAGAGGAGUGGGUCAGGAUGCGGGACUGCUGCUGCGCAAAGACUGGGUGGGCCCCCUGGCCCUCUGUCCCCUCCCUUCGCCCUGCUGGGGUUCCGGACAGUGUCGGCUGGGGAGAACAAGGACAGCAGCCCACACAGGGCCCCUGCUGGGUCACAGGGCCCGCCAGUGGGCUCAGCAUGAGAAGAGAAUGUGGGCAGGGUGGAUGGGGAGGCUGAGGGCGACAGGAGGGGGCAGCCUGAAGGCAGGGUGAGAGCAGAGAGGAGGUGAGAAGCUUGGUGGCCUGUCCCAGGCAGGUGCUGGGUUGACUGUGGGAGGGAUGGGAUCUGGAGCAGAGGAUGGGUCAUUUAAACAAGGACGUGGAUGGAAACUGGAAAAGCAGCAAAGCACCCAGAGUGACUCUCUUCCCAACAACCCAUACUUCUUCCCACGCCGUACCAGUCCCCAGGUGCCGUGCCCUGCACUCUGGUCUCUACAUUCUGCACAAAAGGCUGCAGGCGCCUAUUUGGGGGCAGCCUUGGGACGCAGUUUAUUUAACAGAUCCCACUUCUGGUUGCCAUGCAUCAGGCUGAGACCUCUUUCAUGGGCCUUAAGAGCAGCUGGUGCCCUGUCCUCUCUGCCUGGGUCCAUGGUGAGGACCCUGUAGGAACAGGCAGCCACCGUGCACCUCUGAGCCCCAUCCACAUUAAGACCUUUGGACUCCUGCCUUCUCAAAAGCCUUUGCCUCUGUAAAUACAGUAUUAUGGGAUUGAGGUGGCUGGGAUGACCAGGACCUCCCUUCUGAGCUAAACAUUCCCUAAGACAUGAGGGAGUAAGUCAUGCAGGCUAAGCCUCAUCCUCGCCCCUCCCCACUGCAAGAGGGUCAGUCCCCACAGCGGGCCGGGAGGCCAGCUGGUCGCUCCUAUUUGUGUAGAGCCCAGUUCCUCCUUACAGCCCCUGGGCCCACGGCCUGGUCUCGGAAGGGCUUUUGCGAUUCCCCAUCCCCUCUUGCCCAGCCCCACUGGCUCAGGCAGUGUGAUCUUCGGCAAAAAGACCAGUGGUACGGAGGACUCCUGGGUAUCCCCCCUCCCAAAGUAAAUCUGCCUGGGACCCCCUAGAGAAUUCAUGGAUUCCAGAGGGCCUAGGAUUCCCUGAAAUUGUCCCCCCAAUAGUGCAUGUGUGUGCAUAUAUGCAUUUUCCUGGGAAGAGGGUCCAUGGAUUUCCCCAACUUCUUACAGAGGAACCGAUCCCCAAAGGAUCUGAACCUUUGUUCUGGAUUGGCUCCACCAUCUGGCUGAGCUGCCAUGUCCCUCCUCCCUCCCUGGCGUGCCUAAACUGCUAGUGUCCUCCUCCUGGCUGUCCUUGGGCCAGCAGCCCCACCGUGGGGGGUUCUUAGUGGCUUCCUCUCACCUCCUGGCUCUCACCAGGCUCUCUUAAGCCGCGCUCCUGUGCCCCAGUGAGAGGCCCUUGGCCCCCGGGGCCACUGUCAUCCAUCCUCUGUCACUAUGUUUCAUCCACCCCCAUCUCUGUCGUGCGUGUCUGCCCUGCAGGCAGCGUGGACCUUUGGGGAGGGGGUCCCAGCUUCCCUCGUUGAAUGUAAGGGGGCUGCGGUGGCCAGACUGCACCUGUCAGCCAUCCUCUGUGGGACUCGGCCCUGUUCUGGUUUUGCUUUUCCUCUUCUUGACCAAAGCAUGUGCCACUAGCUGUCCCUGAGGGCCUUGUCUUUAUGAAACACACAUCUGGAAUAAAACCACUUCUUACACAUA